AUUCUCGCGAGAAACACGCGAGACAUCUGGUGAAAAUAACACCAUUCAUCUUUCAAAACACCGUCAAUGAACUGUUGUUUUGUUUAAAUUUUCCCCUUAAUAAACUGUUUUAUUGAAAGAAUUUAGCUUGAAAACACUUCUACAAUGACUCGUAAGUAUGCUAGUCUUGUAUUUAUGUAUAUAUAGGCUUUAAAUAUCGGGUAUCGGUGCCUCUUUAAAUUAGAAAUUUCGAUAUAUAUAUAUAACUUGGCUCCAAAAUUUUAGUUUUUGAUUCUAUUUUGUUUUAUAAAUUUGAACUUUCUUUUGUGAGAAAAAGCAAGAAAUACUUGAAUUGUCUAAAUACUGUUCACUUUUGUUAAAAGUUAAAUAACAUUCGUUUGUUCGUUUCAUAUAAUGAUUAGCAAUUAUAACAGUUUCUUAAUUUAUGUAUUUUAGUAUGUAAAAGUAGUCUAGAAGCUUUAUACAGUUUACCUAAUAUUAAAUGAAUUGUUAUUUAGAAAUAAUAAUUAGCACCUGAGAUAUAAUGCCUAGUGGUAUUACCAUAUGAGUAUUACAUGUAACUAUACUAAUCACACUUUUAAUUAACCAAUUAGAAUUCUUGAUAUUUUAAUUGAGUUAGUUAUUAACUGUUUAUUAACUAGCCAUUGAAUAGUUACAUUGCAUAUGAAAACAUUAUAGGAGUGACUUUUAUCUUAGUUAAUUACUUAUUUCCAAAUCAGAUUCAUAAAAAAAUAAAAUAUGGUUUUUCAGGUAUUUUAUAAAUUGACAUGUGCCUUUUAUAAAUUGACAUGUUAAUUAUUAAAAGUAUAUAUUUCCCAGACAAUAAUAAUUGGGUUUCACUAAUCACCAUUGUGCAACAGAUUAUGGUCGACCUGCAGUUAUCAGAGAUGCAAAUUCUAUUAAUUACAUGUAGCAAUCUGGAACAUUUCUGAAGUUGAACAUCUGUUGCCCAGUAACUAUUAGUGACACUCACCAGUAUACUUGAAAUGAGUGUCUGAAAGGUUUGCAUUGUUUCUAGACACAAGCUUCACUGUAGCAUUUUCCAAUAAACUGCCAUGCCCAUGGUUUGUUGGGCUUGAAAUUUUCAGCACUAUCCGGUGGGUUACUAGAAACUUUAAAUCUGAUAUCCACCACAGAAAUCUAGUGUCUCGCAUGUGGAUAGUAAUAUUCAAACAUUAAAACAAUGUAAAAUGAGUUUUCAGUUGUGAUGAAUUACAUAAUGAACCUAAGAUAUGUUUAUACAACAGAAAAGUAUGUGUACAUGUAUCUGUGGAGGAAAUUUGUUUAGUAUCCCAAUCGAUACUGAGCUUGUGAUGUCCAGUAUACAAUUUUAAAAUCUGGUAUCAAGUGGAUAUUGGGAUGCUGCAAAUUUCAAGCCUUGGUUUGUGUGUAAAAUACAGAUCUUUGUUGGGGGUUGGGAGAAUAGCAAAAAAACAGAGAGUCUUACAGCGAAACCAGGAGAGUUGACAGGUUUGGAACUAUCUGAAAAAGACUGAAAACACUUUGACUUUGAAAGCAAGGCUUUUUACCUUCAUGUUGUUUUUGUUGUGAUCAGGUGGUAAUCAGAGAGAAUUGGCCAGAGCUAAAAAUCUGAAGAAACAACAAGCCACAGGAAAAAGUAAGAGCGGUGAUGACAAAGACGGAAACAAAGGGGCUAACCUCCUUAAACGACAAGAAAGGUGUGAACAUGUGAUGUCUUAUUUAAUAUUUGCCUUCUAUACCAUAUUUUUACAUAAUUGAACACAGUUUAUGGCAAGGAAUAUUUGCAAAAAAACAUAAACCAAUUACUGCGAGGCCUAUUCAGGGCUUUCAAAAUAACCCGGCGCUGCUGGAGCUCCAGCGGCUAGCAAAGAUUUACCGCCGGUUACUUUGUUUAGCACUUGAAAUAUCAAUUCUGCUCUCCUUCCUCCAUUCUAGGCUUUCAAACAAAGUUAUUUUUCCUGAACUUGGUCUAUACUUUAUAGCCUGGUCAUUUUCGAAAACAACAUACUAUUUUGUAAAACACAUUAAGUUAAAGAUUGAGAGAUGUACAACUACCUGAAACAUAUAAGCAGAUCUUCAACAUUUUGAGUGAAUGCCCUUCGUCAGGAAGUUAGUGUGGCAUUCUAUUCGCUCGAAACAUCGAAGUUUUGGUUAUCUUUUUUAGGUAGUUGUUACAGCAUCUCACUCAAUCUCCAGCUGACUUGUUAUCACUGCUAUUACACUUGUUAUUACCGUUAAGAUACAACUACAUAUACCAUGAUAAACACAACUAAAACCAGUACAGUUUACGAUCAUCAAGAAUGGUUAUUUGUUUAAAUAAGGCUGUCUUGACUUAGGGCUCCUUUCAUGGACAAAUACUGUAGAGUCAGCUACAUUUAUAAACUCUCAACCGCAAAAAAGUGAAGUCACUGCAAACCACUUAUCAACACACCCUUUCAGUUGACCAUUGGUUGUCAUGAAUAAAUGUUUGUAAAUACUUGUGCUGUCUAAAAACUUCAAGAGCUCUUGAACUUGUGCAUUUCUACCAAUCGGACAACGAAUAAGAACUGAGUUGGAUCUGCCUUGCUCAUUGAUUUGUUGAAGUACUGUUCGGAUAAGAACUUUUCCCACAUCAAUAUCUUCACAAAACAAUGGCCCAAUCUUAUAGCCUUCGUCCGGAACCAUUGAUUCCCGGGCAACAACAUAACCAACAACAGACCCUUUGUUAUUUAAGGCAACAAAAGAGCGACUUGCCGGCGAAUACAACCAUUUGUAUAAAAACUAUUUGCGAUCAUAUCCAAACGUAAGCUUAUCGUAGUUAAACAAAGCUUCAAAAUCUACAUCGGAAACCUGCUUGAUGUGGUAUGUUGCAUCCGUGGAGAUCCCUUGAAGUUUUUUUAAGGCUGUUGCUGAAUUCAUAUCAUGUGUUUCAACUGAAUAGAGAAUCUCACCACUGCCAAAAUAUUUUUUGUACAUUUCAAACACUUCUAAUGAAGACACAUAAGCAGAUAUAAUUGUCAUUGGUUUGCAUUCUUUAACAACAUGAUUAAACAAUUGUAACCCGUAUCCGCACUUUCGGUAGUCCUUCUCAGUGUGGUAUCCCCCACCAUGCCGAUAACCAUCAUCGUAUUUGAAUACACCAGCUGUUCCAAUUGGCUGACCAUCCAACUCCCCUACAUACAACCCUGUGGGGUCGCAUGCAAGAAAGCAGUCUAUGUCGUCAAUUGCAGGUCGAUCUUUUACCAUAACCCUUGUCCGUAGAAAAUAUUUCUUUAAAUAUGUUGAUGUGUCUGUUAUCAUUUUAAUGCGAAACAUCUUUAUAUAAUUUGAUGUUUAUAUCAUGAAAACUAUUGCAGAUAUUACAAAGAUUCCUUAUUCAAAUUUCACAGAAUGUUUCCACUUGUAUAAUUCUCACACUUCCACAGUACUUCCACUAUGAAAUAUUUCUGGAGGAGGUGGUAUUUGAGAGAAGAACUUAAGGACUAUUGGGAGGGCUUAUUAGAGAGAGGGUUAUUAUUAGAGAGGGGGUUAUUUUCUUUUUUUUGGGGGGGAUGUGGGCUUAUUAGAGAAGAGGCUUAUUAGAGAGGGGGUAUUUCAGAGGGGGGGGGGGCUUAUUAGAGGAGACUUGUUAGAGAGGGCUUAUUAGAGAGGGAAGCUUAUUCAAGAGGGGGUUAUUUGAAAGCGGGAUUGGAGAGGUAGCCUUAUGAGAGUGAAAUAAUUUAUGAGCUUGCAGUAUGUUGUACCACAGCUACAUCCUUCCAUAUUUCUUUUCAGAGAUGCAGAAGUGAUGAGAUUAAAACAACAAAAAGCCGCAGAAAAGAAAGCCUCUGCAGAAGGCGGUGCUGGAACGUCGAAGAAAUAAGAAAGAAAUCAAAACAGGUCACUUUAUAUAUUGCAUGUUUCUUUUAGCUUUUACACACUACAAACUAUAUUAGUUCUAUGUUAUGUGCUCUGAUCUGUUAUAGAUGACAAACAAUUUCUUGUUGUGUUUUGCUUUUUAAAUUUCUAAUUCAAAGUUUGGUUCAAAUUCAAGACUGCAUUUCAAAGAGACUGCAUUUUUGAUAUUGUGUCUAAUGAGUCAUUCCAGAAAAGAUUUGCACUCUCCCACAGAGGAAAUUUCUGCUGUUCCGAGGGGGGAUGGAUGACAAAUUUGUUUCUGAUAAUAGUAAGUGUAUUAGGAUGACCAAAGGUGGUAGGGGGGUUAACUUCCAAUAUCUAACUUGGGGGAGGUAUGGUUAUUUUCUGGUAUGACUCAAUGCUGAGUUAAUAUCUGUAUCAUACUGACUUCCAAACUUUGUAUUAGAAAUUUAAACUAAAUGAAUACAAAUAAUUAUAGAUAUUGUAUAUUCUACAAAGUACCUAAAUAUGUACAUUCAUUAAGAUUAAUUUUUCAAAACCUUAUUAUUAUAUUACUGGGGCACAUUUACGGGAAUUAUAUGAACCUACAGUAUAUGCAAUAAAUGUGACUCUAAAUUAUGUUGUUUUUAAAAUCAAUAUUAAAAAUCAAUAUUAAUUGAUAAAUAUAAAUAAUCAUAAUUUUAUAUUGUUUUUUGUUGUGUGUACAUAAAAC